AUUCUACAGUAUCUUGUAUAUCUUUUACUAUAAAAAUGAAACCAAAUGAAAAAAUUUACCGGAGUAUGACAAAGUGGCGGUUAAUUCAAAAAGCCCAUCGUUCAUCAUCGACCCUCCUAUACCGCAUAACGAUGCAGCUGAUCAUCCUUAUCGUUAUACAUAACCUCAACGACAAUGAGAAUCUGUUGUUAAACAAACGACACCUCGAAGAGAAAAAAAACAAACAUCAAUAUUUUGAUACACAAAGGAAUAUUAUGUCGUCGAAAACCGUAUUCAUCACUCAAGAAGGGCCAGCUAAUGCUCUAGCUCUCAACAAGGACAACACUCAAGUCGUUAUUGCCGGCCGAAAUGUUUUCAAGAUAUUCACAUUGCUGGAAGACAAAUUUGAGGAGGUGUGUAAUCUUAGAGUUGGCAAAAAUUUGAACCUCAAUUUUUCCUGCAAUGAUGUCGCUUGGAAUCUCAAUGACGAUCAUGUACUGGCAACUGCGGCAACUAACGGCGCUGUUGUUUUAUGGAAUCUUAACAGACCCUCCAGAUCCAAGCAAGAACAUGUUUUUGUUGACCACAAAAGAACUGUUAAUAAAGUUAGUUUUCAUAUGACUGAGCCCAUGUGGCUCAUCUCAGGCUCACAGGAUGGCAAUAUGAAAUGUUUUGAUUUGAGGAUCAAAGAAGCAACAAAAACAUUUUACAGUAAUACAGAGUCCGUUCGAGACGUGCAAUUUUCGCCUCAUCAGCCAUACACUUUUGCUGCCGUUUCUGAGAAUGGUCACGUCCAACAGUGGGAUUUACGGCGACCAGAUCGUUAUUUUCAACAUUUCACAGCGCACAGUGGUCCGAUAUUCGCGUGUGAUUGGCAUCCGGAAAUGUCGUGGUUGGCGACAGCAUCUCGUGAUAAAACGAUAAAGAUUUGGGAUUUGUCUGUGAAACCUACGUGCGAAUAUACGAUAAAUACAAUCGCCUCAGUCGGCAGAAUAAAAUGGAGGCCGCAGAGAAAAUAUCAUAUUGCGAGUUGCGCCCUCGUCGUCGAUUGCAGCAUAAAUGUUUGGGACAUACGAAGACCUUACAUACCUUUUGCCAGUUUCAACGAACACAAAGAUGUCCCUACAGGAGUUGCAUGGCGCGGUGAUCCCCAAUCUUUUUUGUCAACGAGCAGAGAUUGCACACUUUACCAUCACGUAUUCAAAGACGCAACGAGACCCGCGACCAAAGCAAAUCCACAGGCGAUUGCUUUUAAUCCGAACGGAGACAUCGCAUUUGCCUGCAAAGUCAACGUCAACGCUCCUACCGCGGUCAAGCAAUUGUCCAAUAUCAUGAGGAAAACUCCGGCUAGUAACGACACAUUUUGCAUGGCAUCGAGCAUAAUGCACAGAUUUACGCCGACCGCACCGCGAGAACCAAAAUGGUUUAAAAUCUGUGCCGAAGAAUACUUAUUGAGUGGGAAACUGGAUGAUAUUUGCGAUCACAAUGCAGCUGUAGCGAGUUCCUGUGGACGAAAUACUAUAAGUACAGUGUGGAAAAUUAUAAAAACGCUAUAUAUAAAUCCGCUUGGUAACAUUUUGAAAACGCCACCUGUGGUCACGAAAGAAGAGCCUCCAAUCGUCAUGAGUAUGAACCAAAUGACACUGGGAUCGAAGGUGGACCCAACGAACACAGGGCAUGAAAACGAUGUGAAAUCCCUUCAGGGUGAGGGGCCAGGCGGAGUUAGCGGCGGCGACGAUGAGACUGAAACCGAUGAAACCCCGGAGAACCAGAAUUCCGUUGGGCCCAUUUUACCUGGUCACAAAAGGCAGCCGAAAGGUGAUUUUGUUUUCGGCGAUAGUGACCUUGAGCCGAUGAUGGAAUAUACAACGGGAUACGUCCACAACAUGAUGGAUAACGACAACGAUUGGACGUUGCCGAAAGAAGCAUUUCCGCUUCGUCACGAGAUUCAAGACAGAUCGCCGCCACCCGAGCAGUUUCCAAAUCACUCACCCGAAAUAAAUGACGAUGCCGGUUCGGUGACGGUCGAGGAUCAGCCUUGUCAAUUAGUAGUAACUUCUGUGCCUAAACCACUUUUUUGGGAUCCUACGCAUUUGAUCGAAGAAGCUUUGAGACAUCACGCCGAAAUGGGAGACAUUCAAACUACGGUAACUAUCCUCAUCGCACUCGGAGAAAAAAGAAAUAAUCUCAAAAUCGAAAAAGAAGUUCAGGAACAUUGGCUUCUCGAAUAUAUCGAUUUGCUGGGACGGUACAAACUUUACGAAGUUAUUACGCAGAUUAUACAAUUAGCUUGGAUUCCCUCGAUAUCACAAAUGAAUCAACAAUCAACGACAAUCCAUUUGUCCUGCACAGCUUGUUCGAAACCUCUCCAACGCUCGGCAUGGUACUGCGAUCGGUGCCAUAGUUCGAAACAUGCUCUCUGUUCGAUAUGUCAUCAGGUUGUCCGAGGAGUUUAUGCUUGGUGUCAAGGCUGCAUGCACGGUGGCCAUGUAAUCCACAUGCGCGAAUGGUUCAGUGCAAAUCGUCAAUGUCCAACAGGAUGUGGCCACAUGUGCGAAUACACGUAACCUCGAUAGGGGAGGGAAAACUAACAUAAUUACAUUGUAGGUGUGCGUUGAUUAAGAUAUACAUAGAAAAAGAAUUUGCAAUUAUGAAAGACGAACAAAAUACGAUACAUCAUCAAAUCUGAACAUUUCAAAUAAUUGAUAAUCAAAGACAAUGAUAAAUUCGCGUUAUUUAUUUGCCAAUUGUAUGUUCAAUUAUUGUUUACGUUGUGUGAUUUGUUAUUAUCGUUAUUGGGAUUCAACACUUAUUUAUACUUAAGUACUUCUUCCUUUUCGUAAUAUCCUGUUGUUGAAUGAAAAUGGUGCUAUUGAGACGCGAGCUCAUUUGUAUACAUGUACAUUUGUGAUUGGAUGUAUUCGCGACAAAAUGAAAAUUGGUUAAUUUUUCAUUUUCUCGCUUUUUUUAGGCAUUGAAACUCUCUUGUUCGUUCCAAUGCUUUCCCGUAUCUUUGUCGUUUACGCACGAUGAGAUUCAAUGACAAAAAAAAAAGAAAUCAUAUGUUUACUUCGAAAAUUCAUUUAUUCACUGCCCGAAGGUUGAUUAAUAAUCAGGCGAUAUUGAUAAAUAAAUAUUUCUUUUACAAUUUUUCAA